AUAUUUUCGGACGCGCUCGCGGCACGCCCCCUGCUGGGCGUCGCGACCGGCGGCUGGGUGGUUCAGGGCGCGCGCGACGGCGUCGGCUUUGAGUACGACGGCGAUGCGGCCCGGACGCUCCUCUCCACGCUCCUCGAGCCGGAGCUGAUCGGGAAGCUCGACCCCACCACCCUCUGCCUCCGCACGCUCGCGGUGCUGGAGGACGGGAGAGACGCCGGCGCCGCGCUCUGCCACACGGUGGCCAAGACGGGCUUCCCGUUUCGGCACCGCGACUUUGUCGACGUCACCGCGUGGAAGCGGCUGCCCGACGGCACGGUGCUUCAAGCGGCUCGGUCCUGCCCGACCGCCGCCGCCUCGGUCCCGUAUGUCCUCGCGCCUGCCGCCGCCGGCGGCACCGACCUCACCCUCGUCAGCCAGACCGACCUCGCCGGCUACAUGCCAACUCCGGUCACGAACCGGCGCGCGGCCGUCAGCAGCCAGCACAGCGCACAGUCACGGCUGCCGCCACACGCUCUCACCCAUUUCCUCGCCGCAGGAUGGCGAAGAUGCAGCGGCCACCUGAGCCAGUGGCUGAAGCCCUUGUGGGCGUGCAAAGCGCCAGCGGCGCCCCACGCCGAGGGCAGCGAGCUCUAA